AGAUCCAGAGGAGAUCCGAGCAGAACCAGAACCGAACACCGGCACGUCUGAACAGCUGAAACCCGCUGGACUCGAUCAGUUGAAAGGUGGGGCUUCCUGUGAGCAUCACUGAAGUGACAAAGAAGCCUGUGAAGGUCAGUUCUUCUGUUUAGUUCCCAGCAUGCUCCAGCUGUGUAAAAUCACCGACUCCCUGUUCAUCGGUAAUGCCCGCUCAGGCUGCAGUGCUGAGCUGAUCCAGCAGGAGGCGGUCACAUUCUGCAUUAAUGUGUCUAAGCAGCAGCCAUUUCCCACCGUUUGUGUGGCAACACUACGGAUUCCUGUCUAUGAUGACCCGAACGAAGACUUGUACAGUCACUUUGACCGCUGUGCUGACGCCAUCCAGCAGGAGGCGAACCGGGGAGGUCACAGUGUCGUCUACUGCAAGAACGGCCGCAGCCGCUCAGCCUCUGUUUGUGUGGCAUACCUGAUGAAGCACCAGAAGCUGUCCAUGGUGGAGGCGUUACAGAAAGUGAAGGCGGCUCGUCAUGCGAUCGACCCAAACGCCGGCUUCAUGAUCCAACUACAGAAAUACGAACAAGAACUGUACCUCAGACGAAGGGGGGUGGACCAAGUCCACGUACAGGCCUGAUCUAGUUCUUAACAAAGUCUGGAAUCAAAGACGAGAGGCGGACACAACGCUCUGUCCUUCAUCAUCAUCUUCAUCUUCACAGUGACACUCUAACCAGGAAAAUUUACUCUGCUAGGCAUUUGAUCCCAGUCCAAACAGAAUGAAUUAUACUCUAUCACAGAGCUAAAUCAACUCAAAACAGUGUAAAAUCAACUCUUAUUGGAGUAAAACCACUUGCAUUGA